CCCCCCCCUUUCCCCUCCUCUUCCCGGCGGCGCCGAGGACGACGACGACAAGCGGCGACAAUGACUAAGUGCGCCUUGCUCUGUUUACUGCUGGCCGUUGUCGACGUGUCGACCGCGCUGUACUUCCACAUCGGCGAGACAGAGAAGAAAUGCUUCAUCGAGGAGAUCCCCGACGAGACCGAUGGCAAUUACAAGACUCAGCUUUGGGACAAGAACAAACAGGAGUUUCUUCCUUCCACCCCUGGUUUGGGAAUGCACGUGGAGGUUAAGGACCCAGAUGGAAAGGUCAUCCUCUCCAAGCAGUACAGCUCAGAGGGCCGCUUUACGUUCACUUCCCACACCCCCGGGGAGCACCAGAUCUGCCUCCACUCCAACUCCACCAAGAUCGCCCUCUUCGCUGGUGGGCGCUUGAGAGUACACCUGGAUAUCCAAGUGGGCGAGCACGCCAACGACUACUCUGAGAUUGCGGCCAAGGACAAGUUGACAGAACUGCAGCUCAGGGUGCGGCAGCUGUUGGACCAGGUGGAGCAAAUCCAGAAGGAGCAGAAUUAUCAGCGGUAUCGGGAGGAGCGCUUCCGACAGACGAGCGAGAGCACAAACCAGCGCGUUCUGUGGUGGUCCAUUGCCCAAACACUCAUCCUCAUUACUACCGGCAUCUGGCAGAUGAGGCACCUCAAGAGCUUUUUUGAGGCGAAAAAGUUAGUAUAGGGAUGGAGGGGCCUCUUGCCUAAUGCACUCUGGGUUCGGGUGCUGAUUCAACUCUCCCCUCCCGCGACCUCUCCUCCAGUAGUAGGGAUGCCACAACUUUUGAUUUUGCUGCACCGCCCUGUAACUGUGCUUUAUUUAAUGAUGGGUUAAAUUGUGAUUGUUUUUUUUCUUUCUUUCUUCCCCCCCUAAUUAAUGUGUGUAUGUUGGUCAAAAUCGCCUCCAUUAAAAUGCUGUCUCAUCUCAAUCAAUGAACAUCGUGAGAUGCUCUGUGGGGGUAGUAAUAAGUACUGUUGCCUGUGUCAAUGCAGAAUACCUCCCAGGCAAUGCCAAUGCAAAGUGGGUUGUUUAUUGGUUUUUGUAUUAUUGUAUGCAGAAUUGAUGUAGGAUAUACAGUACCCUAUUAAAACUAUUAUUAGCAUUUGGUGUAUGAAUAUGUUGAUUUUCAAGCGAGGUUUAGGUCAACAUGCAUUACAUAUUGGUCUCAUGAAGUGGAAUGGAAAUUGUCAUUAUGAACAUUGUUAUGGCAUACCUACUAAGUAAUUGGAGAAUAAUUUAUCGGAACAUAAACCCUUUGAGUGCAGGUUACAAGGCAGUUGAACUGGGACAUUUAUUUUGAGGAUUAAACUACGUAAUUGCAAGCAUACCUUCACCCCUCAAUUACAUUUCUUCCAGAAGCAUUUGUAUGCUAGGAUUCUCUACUUUUUUUUACUUGUGCAACAGUCAUUUAAUGACAAUCUCCACAUUUGUCAUUUCAACAGCCUUGACAUGGACAUUUCCAUAAUAUAUUUAAAACCAACUCGCCAAGAAGCCAUGGAUACAAAAGCAUUAGCUGGUAAUACAGAAGAAACGUUUAUAAAAGGGUAGCAAUACCCUAUUUGGAGAGACACUGUUAUCAUGUUUAUUUUUCAAGAGAGAGGUGGGUAAGUGACUUGUCAAAUAAAUAAUUUAACAUUUGGUGUUCAUUUUCCUUCUGUUGGCAUUGAUAAUAAAUAAGCAGGGAGCAGUGUUUUUCCAAAUCGGGCAUGUUGAUCACUUUAUGAACAACAGUCACUCAUGUUGGACAACGUCGGCUUGUGGAACCUUGUCUUCUGGAAGAAUAUUCUGGGCUCUGGACAACUCAAUAGCAUCCUAUGCACACACAUGUUAGUCAUGCUGCCGCCACAGCACCUUUAUAAAUGAGCACUGGUUGUACCGAUUAUGGAUUAACAAAUUUAAGUGGAAUAUAUCAUAUUGACACAAACCUGUUGACUUCAAAUUACAGCAUAUGUGUGACAUGCAUUACACUGUCUGUGUCAGUUUUGAUGUGCCACGUUUUCUGAAACGAACCUUGUAACCUGAGUUCACAACAAUGCUAUUUUACAUAUGCUUGUGCUGGUGGUGUGAACGAGCGAGUGGCUGGAACAGUAUAUUUGUAUUUUGUUUCUGGGUGGUUUUAUUCUUCGGCAUUUUAGGGCUGCAUUUGAAAAUGUCUAUACUGUAUAUCCCCAACUGGUUGUUAAGAGUAGUGGACUGAACUUGGCAUUCCUAAGGAAAAAAACAAAAUUUUCAAUUUUUAGUUAGUUACUCUUUUGUGAUGCAGAAUUAAGGAACAGAACAGAUUUGACAAAUUUGGAGAAAAAACCUGAAAUUACUUGAUUGGUAAAACAGCAAUUGUGUCGUCCCAACUGCAAAAACCUAGCUGGAGCCUUCUAAAAUAUAUUGAAUAUUGAUAAUGCUUUCUUGGGUUAAAAAACACGUUUUAAUAUAUACCGAUUCAGCUACGUACUUUUAUCAUCCAUUCAACACACCAUCAGAAGAGCUGCAUUAUGGGAGUUAGUUGGCUGACACGUAUAUUAUUUCUAAUUUGGCCUAACUGCUGCAGUUUUGUUUAUUCCCUAGAUUUGAGAGUUGUAUCACUGUUCUUAAAGUUGGGGUGGUAAAUGUAUAGCUGCUUUUGAAGUAUGUUUUUUUAGUGCGUGUGAUUAGUUGUGGAAAUCCUCAGAUGAGUUCCGUUCCUUGCAUUUUCCACCAGUAUGUUGUAAUAUAUUUAAGGAAAAAAAGUUGCAUAUUUCUCUGCUUAGAUAAUUUUGACACUUAAAAAAAAAACAAGCGACUCAUGAGCUAAAUUUUGCUUUACCUUUUCUGAAAGUUUGUUUUCUUACAGUUAAUUUUGGCAAAAAAAAUAUUAUUUUUGAACAUUGGCAACACUGGAAGCUUGCACUUCUCGCAAGCCUCAACACUGUUAAUGCUCAAUGUGUGUUCGCAAAUUGUGAUGAAUACACAACGCGAUGCAUAACAUUGUGAAAGUCAGAAGAAACACGUACUUCGGAGGAUUUCGGUCCAUCGGUGAGUGCACAAACAACAGUGAAUUCUUACCUACAACACUCUUUCGUGACUAAAUUUGAAAGAUCAAGAAACAAAUAAACCACCCUGGAAGUGCAAGCAACUUGUUAAUUUUAGCUAAUUCAAGUCGUCAAACGUUUUUCCAGCUUGUUCUGACGCGUGAAUGGGGAGGUCCAUUUGGGAAUACACAAUGUUUUGUAAGUUUAUGGAAAUAAAGGUAAGGGUUCUCUGG